UCUCGCGCCCUGCCGUCGUGAAGAGAUACACGAUGAAAUCGCUCGCGCUCGUUGUCAUCAUCAUCACCAGCGCCGCCCUGUAGAGAGAGAGAGAGAGAGCGAGCGAGAGAGAGAUAGAGAGAGAGGGAGGGAGAGAAAGAAACCGAGAGAGAGAGAAAGAGAGAGAGACCCCCUCCCCACCUAACAACAACCCCAACCCUGCAGGCUCGAGCACAACGACCCCACCCCCCAACCCCCUCUGAGAGAGGGGACGGAGCGACAGACACACAGUCACGGAGAAAGCACCGUUUCGGGAUCCCGGCUCUGUCUCGCCCUCAAUCCGGGCCUAAUGCUGUAGCAGACAGCGCAGGAGGAGAGAGCGAGCGAGAGACAACGCACUGACUGAGAGUCGGCGAGGGACAGGGCGGACCGGGGAGAAGACGGGAUUGCUCAUUCUCCUGGAAACAUGGGAUGUACACUGAGCGCCGAGGAGCGCGCAGCUCUGGACCGGAGCAAGGCCAUCGAGAAAAACCUGAAAGAGGACGGGAUGGUCGCCGCCAAGGACGUCAAACUGCUCCUGCUCGGCGGCGGAGAGUCCGGGAAAAGCACCAUCGUCAAACAGAUGAAGAUUAUCCAUGAAGAUGGCUUUUCUGGGGAUGAUGUGAAGCAGUAUAAGCCUGUGGUCUACAGCAACACCAUCCAGAGCUUGGCUGCCAUUCUCCGAGCCAUGGACUCACUGGGGAUUGAGUUUGGAGACAAAGACCGAAAGGCCGAUGCUAAGCUGGUUUGCGAUGUCGUGAGCCGCAUGGAGGACACAGAGCCGUACUCUGCAGAGCUUCUCACUGCUAUGAAGCGUGUCUGGUCCGACGCUGGAACUCAGGAGUGCUUCAACCGUGCCCGUGAAUACCAGCUUAACGACUCCGCUCAAUACUACCUGGACAGUCUAGACCGGAUCGGGGCGGCAGACUACCAGCCCACAGAGCAGGACAUCCUGAGAACCCGAGUGAAGACCACUGGCAUUGUUGAAACCCACUUCACCUUCAAAAAUCUCCAUUUCAGGCUGUUUGAUGUCGGAGGUCAGAGGUCAGAGAGGAAGAAGUGGAUCCACUGCUUUGAGGAUGUGACGGCCAUUAUCUUCUGUGUUGCUCUGAGUGGAUACGACCAGGUGCUCCAUGAAGAUGAAACAACCAACCGCAUGCAUGAAUCGCUCAUGCUCUUUGACUCCAUCUGUAACAACAAGUUCUUCAUCGACACCUCCAUCAUCCUCUUCCUCAACAAGAAGGAUCUGUUUGGUGAGAAGAUCAAGAAGUCACCACUGACGAUCUGUUUUCCAGAAUACACAGGUGCUAAUACUUACGACGAUGCUACUGCAUAUAUUCAGGUUCAGUUUGAGAGUAAGAACCGCUCUCCCAACAAGGAGAUCUACUGUCACCUGACCUGUGCCACAGACACAGGAAACAUCCAGGUAGUGUUUGAUGCCGUCACUGACAUCAUUAUUGCAAACAACCUUAGAGGGUGUGGCUUAUACUGAGGCCUGGCCAAGCACAGAGGUUGUCAUGGAGUGUAUGAGGUGUUGAUAAUGAUAAUUUUGAUGAUACUUAAACACAUAAAUACGUAAUUCUACACGUCCAAAUGGACCCAAAGAGCUGCCGUCAGACACCACACUGGAUUAUUACCAUGAUUUGUUCCCCUCUUCUUAUUUUGAUUUCAAUAUACAAACCCAAGUUUUGUCUUUAAAAAAAUGUGUUUUUUCGACUGAAUGUUUCAUGUUUUGUUGAUGGCCAUGUCAACAACUGAGAAGGUCGGAAGCACCAGGGGCUUAUUCAGCCGGAGCCUUGUUUCGCAAAAUUCAGACAUGUAAUGCGAGGAGUUUGCAGUGCCGUUCUUAAACACAACUUGGAAUAUUGUCCCAUUCUUUGUGGCACUUUUACGCGCAAAGCCUCGAGCCAUUUCUAUCUCUACUGAAUACGGCCUCUGGUGCUCCCUCGAAGAGCUGCUGUGUGUAUGAGGGUGGAGAGGAUGACGACGAUGUCGGGGAGGCGCUGUACUCGUGGCUAAGGGUCGCGGAUGGAAAGAAGGAGGCUAUUUUAACUUUCCUUCAGUCCCACACACGACUGACUGACUGACUGGCCUGCAGGUCUGUUCUACUUCACGUUCUCUUUUAACUUUUAAACAUAAUGAAAGAGAGGAUUCUCCUGUGCGGAGUGGCUGCCCAUUGCCAUUGGCCUCCUGUAGCGAGAGAAUAUACCUGUCAGCCCGUGAUAUCUAAAAAAAAAAAAACAACAAAAAAAAACACGUCAUAUCGGUGCCAACCAUCUGACAGAUAGGAGAAUAGGAUCAGAAAUCAUAGCUCAUACUUUCAACUAUAUUAUUUAAGUAUAUGACAUUUUAUUAUCAAUGAAUGAUUUAUUUAUUUAAGCCUCAUGCCCUACAUGCCUCCUCCUACCUCCUGAAAUCCCGUGCCACAUAUUUAUUUCCUGUCAUGAAAAGCUGGGGUGCACCGAUGCCCGUCUACGGUUCAGAGGGUAAAAAUCCGCCCUCCAAUGACAUCUUGUUCUCUGUGUGGUGCUUGACCCUUCGUUGUGAAUCUGCGUAGAAAUAGAAGACUGCACAAGGAGAACAAUAUCAUUUGAGGCAGCCUCUGUCUGGGGAGUAAAGGUUGUUUAUUUAUUUUAUUUUAUUUAAUUUUUUUUAACCCUUUUCUCCCCUGGUCAGUGAACAGGGAACCAUAAACCCCCUCCCUUUGUCUGUCACGUUUCUCUUUUGGUAGAGAAAAAGUACAGCUCUCCAUUUUCACCUGUGCACCCAGAAAUUCAUCUUUCCGUCCCUGUAUACUCUUUACCUGUCACAUAUCAGUCCUCAUAUCUUAUCUCGAUUUUCACCUUAAAAGCACCGUACUGUAUAUAUAUAUUAUGAUUAUACCAGAUUUUUUUUUUACUGUGAAUGUUUUUGUGCUGCACCCCAUCCUAUUCAGUAGUUUAUUGGUUGCUCUCAUGUGGAAUGUUUGUGCUGAGCCAAUCGAAUGUUGUGUUUACAUUAAAGCCACACUUUUCCUAACUA